AUGCCUGAACAGAUCACUCUCUAUGGUAACGACUCCUCCCCGUUCAGUCACCGCGUGACUAUAUCCCUCAAAGAAGUGGGGGCCCAGUACACAAUGUGUCCCAUCGAGGCCACCAACAAACCCGCGUGGUUCACCGAGAAGAUCCCCUGCAUCUCCUACGGCGGGCCCGCGACCGACCCGGCCGCGCCCUCGCCCGAGUCGCGCACGAUCCCAGAGUCGCUCGUGAUCGCCGAGCUCCUCGCGGACCUCCACCCCGCCGCGGCGCUCGUGCCGGCGGACCCGCUGGCGAAGGCGGACAUGCGCCUCUUCGCGCACCUCCCGCCCGCGGCGGGGUUCGCGGCGGGCGCGUUCUCGCUCGCGGACGUCGCGGUCGCGCCGUUCCUGCUGCGGGGGGAGGUGCUGAUGAGGUACGAGAUCCGCAAGUACCCGGUCGGGGAGGGGAGGAGGGUGCUGGACGCGCUCGCGGAGCCCAGGUUUGCGCGGCUCGCGAAGUACUCGCUGGGGGGUGAGUUUGAGCGUUUGAAUGCUUUUAGGUUGCGUGCCUCGAGACGUGGAAGAAAAACCCUUAUGUCCAGCGCGACUAGCACCGAGGGUCAGAGACGAGCCUGA